AUGCAGCAGCAGGUGUGGGCCUCCUGGUUCCCCCGCUGCCUCUUGCUCAUCAUCACUGCUCACACAUCAGCGUCCACGGACAGAGAGCUGCGGCCGUGUGAUGAGACAGACUACUACUACCAGUACACAGAGUGUGACAGCACAGGGUCACGAUGGAGGGUCGCCAUCCCUCUAAAUUCAGGCUCCUGCUCAGACCUCCCACCUCCCAGCAGAGGAACAGACUGCUCCUUCUCCUGCCCGUCUGGGAAGUUUUUAGAGAUGUCUACACAGCAGUGCACACCAUGUGCAUCUGGCUCUUAUUCACUGGGUAGCGGCCUUCGUUUUGACCAAUGGGACGCCAUCCCUGCAGGCUUCACCAGCCUGGCCAGCUUCCUGGAUCCUGGGCCAACUGGAGACGACAUUCAGGCCUGUAACAGCUCAUCGUGGGCGCCCCAGGGUGUGUAUCUGGAGUCAAACCGUGACGAGUGUACGGUGUCUCUGGUUUACGCCGUUCAUCUGGAGAAACAAGGCUCCGUCUCCUUCACCUACCAAUAUCCAGACAACAACAUCUUCUUUGAGUUCUAUGUCCAGAAUGAGCAGUGCCAGGAAAUGGCCCAGACUGAUGACCAGAAGUGGAUUAAAGUCACCAAUAAUGGAGAAUGGGACACACACACGGUGAGUCUGAAAUCCGGGACAAACAUCUUGUAUUGGAGAACUACCGGCAUCGUGGUGGGAGGGAAGAUGGUCAAACCUGUGCUGCUCAAGAACAUUCAAAUAGAAGGUGUAGCCUACACAUCUGAGUGCUUUCUGUGCCGGCCCGGCUGGUUCAGCUCGGCUCCCGGUUCCUCUUCCUGCCAGCCGUGUCCUAGCAACACCUUCUCCACCAAGGGGGCGUCUUCAUGCACCGCCUGCCCUGAAAACCACUACUCACAUGAGGGAUGGGCUGAGUGUAAGGUGAGGCCGCCUUGCUCGGAGAGAGACUACUUCCAGAUCCACACGGCCUGCGACAGCGAAGGGAAGACGCAGGUUUUGUAUCGGUGGGUGGAACCAAAGAUCUGCGUGGAGAACGUAACGGGGGCCAUGGAGCUGCCUGCGACCGGCCAGAGAGAGCCUUGCCCUCCCUGCAACCCCGGCUACUACAACAGCAAAGACUCCACCUGUUUACCCUGCCCACCAGGAACCCACUCUGACGGCACCAACGCGUGCGCCCAGUGUCCUGCAGGUACAGAGCCAGUGUUGGGUUACGAGUAUAAAUGGUGGAACGUGCUGCCUUCCAACAUGAAGACUUCCUGCUUCAACGUGGGAAACUCCAACUGUGACGACAUGAACGGGUGGGAAGUAGCAGGCGACCACAUUCGCAGUGGAGCCGGCAGCUCAGAUAACGACUAUCUCAUCCUCAGCCUGCAUGUGCCCGGCUUCAAGGUCCCCGCCUCACUUUCAGGGAUGACCGGUACUGAGUUUGGCCGGAUAACCUUUGUGUUUGAGACCAUCUGCUCUUCAGACUGUGAGCUCUACUUCAUGAUGGAUGUGAACAGGAAGAGCACUACAGUGGUGGAGUCGUGGGAAGGAAAUAAGGGGAAACAGUCGUACUCACACAGCAUGACCAGGAACGCCUCUGUCACAUAUACGUGGGCCUUCCAGAGGACUAACCACGCUCUGGACAUGCGUCGUUAUGUCGGUGACAUGGUGAAGCUUUACUCCAUCAGCGUUACCAACGUCCUGGACGGGGUGGCGUCUGCGUGUCGGGCCUGUGCUCUGAUACCCCAGAACUCCCAGCGGGCCGGGUCCGCCUGCAUUCCCUGUCCUGCUGGUUUUUACAUCGACAGAGACACCAACCGCUGCCUGGAGUGUCCGCCAAACACUCACCUGGCAGGACGUCACACCUACGGAGAGGACGCCUGCGUGGCGUGUGGGCCGGGAAGCAUCAGCAACAAGGAGCAUUCACGUUGCUACAGCGACUGCUCCUUCUCCUACACAGACAACAACCGCACGCUGACCUUUGACCUCAGCGCUCUGAGCGAUGUUGCCUCGAUGACUAUCGGCCCAAGUUUCACCUCUAAAGGCACAAAGUACCUUCAUGUGUUCAAUAUCAGCCUGUGUGGUCACGAGGGGAAGAGAGCCGCCAUCUGCACAGAUAACGUCACCGAUGUUUCCAGCAAAGACGACCAGACUGACUCGGCUCAGUUCGUCAACUCAGUGGACGGCUUCAUCUGUCAAUCAACCAUCAUCCCUGCAGAUGGGCGGGGCUUCAGGAUGGCCAUUUCCUCCCAGUCCAUCAGCCUCGCAGACACUUUCAUCGGAGUGACAGCAGACACCGUCCUCGAUGGUGUGAACGCUAAACCAGACCUUUUCCCAGAAAACUUGAAGAAUGUUCCAGACAUCAGCUUCUUCUACAGGUCAAACCAGCCGACAGCUUCCUGUGAUCAGGGUCGGAGUUCAGUAAUCAGUGUUCGCUGCAACCCAGAGAAGUCUGAACGUGGAGAGCUGGCUGUGCCCAGCUCCUGUCCUGCAGGAACAUGUGAUGGGUGUUCGUUCCACUUCCUGUGGGAGAGCGCUAGUGCGUGUCCGCGCUGCACUGAGGAUGACUACCACCAGAUAGAGGGAGCGUGCAAAGGAGGCGUCCAGGAAACUCUGUAUGUUUGGAACGAGCCAAAGUUGUGCACCAAAGGUGUAUUGUUGCCUGCUCGAAGCUCCUCCCCGUGUGAGGCCAUCGCUCUGUGGCUGAAGGUCGGGGUUGGUGGCGGAGCCUUCGUGGCCGUGUUGCUCAUCUCCCUCACCUGCUAUUUCUGGAAGAAAAACAAGAGGCUGGAAUACAAGUACUCUCGUCUGGUGAUGUCUGCCAACAAGGAGUGUGAGCUGCCAGCUGCUGACAGCUGUGCCCUGGCUGAAGGAGAGGAGCAGGACGAUGACGUGGUCUACACCCAGAAACCCUCCCUGCUGGGAAAGCUCCGAGCUAUCGCCAACAAGCACGAAGGCGGAGACAGAAGUGAAUCCGUGCAGCUGAACUCCUCCCAGUCUGAUCGAUGGGUGCUCGGAUAAACAAACACCAACAGAGAGAAAGAGUUCAAUAACGGAGGAACAGUCAGUCAGUGAUAGUACUGUCACUGUCCACCUCCUUAUGUGUCCUUUGACCCCCACCCUCACCCCUCUCCCUCUUUGUUGUGGGAGUGGGGGCACCAACACAGAUCCCAGUUUUAACUGGAGAACGGUUGCCUCUAGGAUGCUAGCAGAAACUGGACAACUGCUUUUACUCCUCGACCCUAG